AUGCCGCAAGAGCGUCAAGUUAACCCCGAUGCAGACAUUCCUUCUUUCGAGGGGAAGGUCAUCCUCGUGACAGGCGGUAAUAGUAGCCUAGGCAAACAAUCGAUUCUCGAAUUUGCUGAUGAUCCAAAGGAGAUAUGGCUUGGCGUUCGCAGCCCCUCAAGUGCUAAAGAAGCCAUCGACGACAUCAAUGCACAGGUUCCGAACGCACCUAUCAAAUUUAUACAGAUGGAUCUAGGCUGUUGCCACUCGAUUCGGGAAUUUUCCAAGAUCUUUCUCCAACAAUCUGACCGCCUUGACAUCCUCCUCAACGCGGGCAUUAUGUCGGUUCCAGAAGGGACCACUGACGACGGCUACGAGGUCCAAUUCGGUACUUACCAUAUGGGCCAUGCCCUCCUCACCAAAUCCCUCCUCCCAAAGCUUCUCAAAGCCGCAGAGACGGGUACUGAUGUGCGCGUUACCGUCCUAGCUUCAUCUGCUCACCAGUACGCGCCCCCUGAAGGCAUCAACUUCGCAACGCUCAAGACGGAGGCUCGUGAGAUGGGCACCAUCACUCAGCUUGCCAGGCGCUUUCCACAGCUGACAACCGCCUCGCUCCAACCAGGCCUUGUCACUACCAAUCUCGCCAACACAAUGGUUGAUGUUCCGACGGGUACCCUCAACCAGCUGUGGGCUUCGACUUCGAUGAAUGUUGUGUCGGGCACUUACUGCGAGCCUAUCGGGCGGACUGGGUUGGGAAAGCCCCAUACCAACAACAGUGCUCUCGCAAAGCAGUUAUGGGACUGGACUGAGAAAGAACUGGAGGAAGAGGUCCUCUUUUAG